AUGGCAGCCCUCAUGCUCUCUCGAUUUGCUUGCUGGCUGCUGUUGGCUGCCAUCAGCGUCCAGCUGGCUUGGUGCGCCGGCGACUCUAUUCCCUUUCGACACGGUCAAGAUGUAUCGGGCUCAUCCCAUCCUAUGCGGCAGACCUUUGCCGAAAAGUAUCGAAUCGUCGAUCCCGCAUCGGGUCGACCGUGGUCCGAGCUCGAGUACAGGCACUUCGCCGACCAGGCUCUGCCUCUGAUCGACGGCUCAAAGUACUACAAGAGGAUGUGGCGAUCAUUUCGCACUGCAGGAAUCGACAAGAUCCGUCGGUUCGGCAUCGGCGCCACGCCCACGGACCUCCUCAAGCAUCCGUACUACGUUGACCACGUGAUGAGCGGCUCGCACAUACCGGCUCUUUCUGUUCGAGUCGCCGACAUCCUCCCCGACAAUCCCAUGGGCAUAAGCAAUCCCGAUGUCGUCCUUUACAUGCAUUCGAUCAGCGUGGACCGCCAGACCGACGCCAAGUUUCAGCUCGAGCCUCGCUUUGUCGUGAGAGGAAGCGCUGGUCAGGGCCGUGUACCUGAAUCCGACGGGCCCGCUCACAACAUCAAAUGGCAGAAGCGGCAACCGUGGAAGCCCGAGUAUGUCUGGGUCGAAGAGGUUCCCGAAAUCUUCCGUUCCGCGGCGCUCGGCUCCAUCGAGGCACUUGGUUAUCCACCCCUCACUGUCGAGGGGCAGGUGGCCUUGCUGGAUCGAGAAAGCAGCGUCAAUCUCUACGCUGCCACCCGCCCGAGCAAACUCGCCGAUCUCCUGGAGCAGAGUCGACUGUACAUGUUUCAAUUUGUUCCUCCUCAGGCCAAAGGGACACUCGAAUCGUACGGCUUGAUGCGACUCCCCAUCGAUGGCAAUGGUCGCGAACCCUGGUUUCAAGCCCCCCUCUUCGACAAGUUCGACCCCUUGACCGGUCAUAUCCAGCUGAAGAUGUACCCCUCAAUGGGCAAGAGAACGCCGGUGUUGGAUCGCGUCAUGUACACGAUGUCUCAGGGUCGAUAUCGCCUCGUACCACGAGCCAUUGUUCGACCGACUGGUGUCUAUCCCAAUGUCCACCUUAAGACCAUCUAUGCGAUCCCUCCCGAGCUCCAGCAAGCUGCCAGUGUGGAUUUGUCGUACAUGCCUGACCUCGAUCGUCCCGUGCCGACUUCAGGCGAUCUCUAUCGCCCCUUGCGCGUCAUGAUGGAUCGGCCACGACCUGUGGGUCAUCCCCUCGACUAUGCGACAUCGAAUCCGUCUCGGCUACCCACGAACGGGAACAAAGCGCUUUGGCCUGGUGCAGCGGGUCAGCGUGCAGCUCGGCAAACAGAUCGAUCGGACGAGCCUGGACUGCUCGGUGCCCCGACUCGAAAUGCGAUGGCCAACAAGGUCGACCAGGGAGUGCGACUUCCAUCUGAAGGCCCUCGGCGGCUUCAACACAGCCUGCACGGGGCUGCGCAUCAGCAAGACAGUUCCGGUAUCCCCCCAACGCCGGGAGAAAGUCCCGAGGUGGAGAUGGUCGACAGACUCCCUGCGAAUGCUCAAGACGUGCAUCGUCAGGCUUUCCAUCCUCCUGUCGGACAGGUGGAUCCUGAAGAAUUCCGAGCUCAUCCACCAACGCCACCGACGCAUUCUCGCUACCAGCCGCAGUAUUUCCACUACAAUCCUGGCCGUCCCAAUCCGUACGAGCUUCCGCGCGACAGCCCCUUCGACGUGUUGAUGGCACAUCUGGAACCCGACAUGGAGGAGACAAGGCACUACUUUCAAACUUGA